GGAUGAAAAUCAUAUUUGAAUUAACUGCAUGGUAUGAUGUAAUUUUGUGAGCUAACUCCACUUUUCGGAGUUGAUACUUGUGAAUGAAAAAUUAGUUUACGCCCCCUUUCCAGUCACGUGAUUUUUUUCCCGGAUGUCGGAUUCAGGCGCGGAGGCAGAUGUAGAAAAUGACCCGGUGGAGACAUUACGCAACAGACACAAGCAAGAGAAAAAACAACUUCAGUCCACCAUUUACAAUCUCAGGAAAACUUGUCCGAAGAAAGAGAAAAGCACAUUACAAGAGCGAAUAUCCAUCUUGGAACGCGAUCUGAAAGUGAAACAAGAUCGCGAGUUGGAUGACUUGCAGUAUUCAUUGUCGUCUUUUGCGAUCGAUUCCAAAGGGUUGCCUAGCAGCGGAAUUAAAAAGGAAAUCGAAGGAGACAUUAACGAGGAGAGAAGUCGAGACGCUUCGGUUGAUUUGAGUGUUCGAGCAUCUCAGAGUUUGAACAACUCGGAGUAUGUGGGGGACGAUGAAGAUGAUGACGCACAGUGCAAUGGGGGCUCGAGGGCGGGAUCUUUUAGCUACCAACAGCAGAAGAAGAAAGGUGGCAAGGCGCAAAAGAGGAGAGAGAAGGCCGAGAAAGCCCACCAAGAGAGACUUGAAAAACAGAAAUUGCAGUCUGAAGCAGUUGAGAGAUCGAACAAGGUAGCAGAUGCCGAGCUGAAGGAGCUUGUUGGUGUCCUGACCUCGAGGAGCUUGCAGUUAGUUCAAGUACCUGCAGAUGGGGACUGCUUCUAUCACGCCAUUCAGAAACACUUGAAGAGCGAGGAAAAAACAGACGAUGAUGCGUAUUCAGCAGUACCGACUGUAGAUGACCUCAGAAACACAGUAUCCGAAUUUUUGAUGAGUCGCGAGAGCGAGUACGCUGCUUUCUUCGAUCCCGAGGACAACAACAGCGAGGCGAGAACAUUUGCCGAGUACUGUGACAAAAUAAAAACGAAUCACGAAUGGGCAGGUCACAUGGAAAUCACUGCCAUGAGUAACCAUUUGAGUCGCCCGAUUGAAAUCGUACAAGCUGCCUCAAAUAAGUCUAUGCUGAUUGGAGAAGAUCAGAAAUCAAAUCCACCAAUCACUUUGGUCUACCAUAGAAAUCUGUUCAACUGUGGAGAACACUAUAAUUUAGCAUUGCCGAUUUGCGAGUAGUUUUAUUUACUAACCAUCGUAUUUCACGGCUUAUAAGCACCCACUUUUGCGUGAAAAAUUUCAAAAUGGGUCGGAGCUUAGUUGGCGAAUUCUCAAAAGCGUACAAAAUUUAUUGAUAAGCAACCCGGGCCAAAAAUUUCGGCGAUAUUACGUGAGUUUCUUAGUGGCCAAAAACUUCUUCUGGAGCGGCACAGAGGUUGCUACAAUAAUUUCAAAAAAGUGCAUAGAAGACGCUUAUUAAAUAG